CUUUGGACUUUGGAACUCUCUCUUCUCUCAUAAAUGUCGAACCUUUUCGCUCUCAGAUCGCCAUGGAGGAGCCACCAACCUUCUUCUUCUUCUCCUUCUCCUUCGUUUCGUUAAGGUGGCCGAACCCAUUUCCCUGUGUCACAGUGACUCAGUGAGUCACAGAGUCUGAGUGAUGGGUCAGGGACUGAGUUGCAGAGCGAGUGACGAACAUGGGCUCUUCAGUGCUGUGCAAUUUGGGGACCUGGAGACGGUGGAGGCUUUGGUAGAGAGAGACUCGUCUAUCUUGCGUCACACCACUGUGUAUGAUCGUCACUCUGCUCUUCAUAUUGCUGCUGCCAAUGGCCAGAUCGAGAUUAUUUCUUUGCUGUUGGAACGAUCUGUGAAUCCUGAUGCGUUGAAUCGUCACAAGCAGACUCCGCUUAUGUUAGCUGCGAUGCAUGGCAAGAUCUCAUGCGUGCGAAAGCUUCUUGAAGCAGGAGCAAAUGUAUUGAUGUUUGAUUCCCUUCACGGAAGAACCUGCUUGCAUUAUGCUGCUUACUAUGGCCAUGCCGAUUGUCUCCAGGCCAUUGUUUCUGCUGCAAAAUUAAGUCAUGUAGCUGUUUCAUGGGGAUUUGCGCGAUUUGUGAAUAUUAGAGAUGGUAGGGGAGCGACCCCUUUGCAUUUAGCAGCCCGGCGAAGUAGGCCUGAAUGUGUACAUAUAUUGUUAGACAACGGAGCCCUUGUUUGUGCUUCAACCGGCGGAUAUGGCUGCCCAGGAAGCACUCCGCUGCAUUUGGCGGCUAGAGGGGGAUCUCUGGAUUGUAUACGAGGAUUGUUGGCAUGGGGUGCAGAUCGUGCUCAAAGAGAUGCAUCAGGGAGAAUGCCAUAUAUGGUUGCUUUAAAACACAAACAUGGAGCUUGUGCAGCUAUGCUAAAUCCGUCAUCAGCUGAGCCUCUGGUGUGGCCAUCACCAUUGAAGUUUAUUAGUGAGCUUAAUGAGGAGGCAAAAGCUUUGUUAGAACAGGCCUUAAUGGAGGCAAACAAGGAGAGGGAGACAAACAUCUUGAAAGGAAGUGGUUACUCUCUCGCAUCUCCAUCACAUUCUGAUGUGGCUUCUGAUAUAGGGAUGUAUGACAAUAUUUCCGAGGCAAGUGACUUGGAUUUAUGCUGCAUAUGCUUUGAGCAGGUGUGCACAAUUGAGGUCCAGAAUUGUGGCCACCAAAUGUGUGCACAAUGCACUCUAGCCCUCUGCUGCCACAACAAGCCUAACCCUAAUACGCUAUGCCUAACCCCGCCGGUUUGCCCUUUCUGCCGAAGCACCAUAAACCGUCUGGUAGUGGCAAAGAUCAAAAGUAACGAUGAUGCUGAUCUUGACACUGGUGACAACAGUUCCAAGUUAAGAAAGGCAAGAAAGUCCCGAAACUUCAGCGAGGGUAGCAGCAGCUUUAAGAGCUUAUCGGCAAUGAAUUCUUUCGGUAAAAUGGGUGGUCGUGGCUCAGGAAGGAUUGUUGCAGAGAAUGAGUGGGCUGACAAACCUUGAUACUUGGUGGCAUUUGGCAAUCGAAAGAUUCCCAUAUGUAACUGUGAAAGAGUAGCAAAUUUAAGGCUGCUGUUUGUGCUUCACCCAUUUGGUAUGUACAGAGAAAAGAAGAAAAAAAAUCCAUCUGUUGUGUAGUUUUGCAAAUGUAGGUUUUGGAAAUAAGCAAAAGAGUCGGUUGCAGGGGUUGGGUUUAGGUUUAAGGUUAGAUUUGCUGGUUAUGCUGUUAUAUUUGUUUACUUGGGGUCAAAGAUCUCAUUCUUUGGUGAUUUGAGAGUCUGUUAGAUAUCUGAAUUGGGAAGGAAAAGAAAAAAGAAAAGAAAAAAAAUUAAUUUUUCUUGUUCAAAAGUAUAAAUUCAACAUUCAUGAAUGGCUGCUGCUCUAUCUCUGUAUCUAGACAGAGUCAGAAGACCCUUAUAAAGACAUGGAAGGAUUGAGUUGUUGAUACCUACCAAGGUCUUCUCUUUCUGUAUGAAGAUGUAAUAUAAAGUUUACUAUUUUUGGCUGGCAAUUU